CGGGCGGGGGUGGGGAGAAGGUAGUGCUCCGCCAUUUCCGGUUUUCCGCCAUUGCGGCUCCCGCUGCGGCUCGGGCCCCGUCGACGGUUUAUAAAAGGGAGGCUGCAGGAGGAGGGCGACAGGAGCAGUAUCUGCUUCAGAUUUUUACCCACAUCUCUAUUUCUCCCUUGGUCUCAUUAUUUUUUCGUCGCUGCGUUCUUCUCUCGCCGGAGAAUUGUUUUUUGCCUCCUCUUGGACUCGGCGAGCGCCAGCGUCGUCUGUCGACAUGGCUCAGAUUCUGCCUAUCCGCUUCCAGGAGCACCUGCAGCUCCAAAAUCUGGGCAUCAAUCCUGCAAACAUUGGGUUCAGCACCCUUACUAUGGAGUCUGAUAAAUUCAUCUGCAUUCGGGAGAAAGUUGGUGAGCAAGCUCAAGUAGUCAUAAUUGAUAUGAAUGAACCAAACAAUCCUAUUCGCCGUCCAAUCUCUGCUGACAGUGCUAUUAUGAACCCAGCCAGCAAGGUUAUUGCAUUAAAAGAUGCUGGAAAAACACUGCAAAUAUUUAAUAUAGAAAUGAAAAGUAAGAUGAAGGCUCACACUAUGGUGGAUGAUGUCACUUUCUGGAAGUGGAUCUCUCUCAAUACAAUUGCCUUGGUAACAGACUCUGCAGUGUAUCACUGGAGCAUGGAGGGAGAGUCUCAGCCUAUGAAAGUUUUUGAUAGACACUCUAGUCUAGCAGGCUGCCAGAUCAUCAAUUACCGCACUGAUGCUAAGCAGAAAUGGUUACUGCUCAUUGGCAUCUCUGCCCAGCAAAAUCGUGUGGUGGGAGCAAUGCAGCUUUACUCAUUAGACAGAAAGGUAUCUCAGCCAAUUGAAGGUCAUGCAGCAGCCUUUGCGCAAUUCAAGAUGGAAGGCAAUGCAGAAGAGUCAACAUUAUUCUGCUUUGCAGUCAGAGGGCAAGCAGGAGGGAAGCUUCACAUUAUUGAGGUGGGUACUCCUCCUACAGGAAACCAGCCCUUUGCCAAAAAAGCAGUAGAUGUCUUCUUCCCACCAGAGGCACAAAAUGACUUUCCUGUUGCAAUGCAGAUAAGUGCAAAGCAUGAUGUUGUUUUCUUGAUCACCAAAUAUGGAUACAUCCAUCUAUAUGACUUGGAGACUGGCACCUGUAUCUACAUGAACAGAAUCAGUGGAGAGACCAUCUUUGUUACAGCAGGACAUGAUGCUACAUCUGGAAUAAUUGGAGUGAAUAGAAAGGGUCAGGUAUUAUCUGUCUGUGUUGAGGAAGAAAACAUCAUCCCUUACAUCACCAAUGUGUUGCAGAACCCAGACCUUGCACUGCGCAUGGCUGUGCGCAAUAAUCUAGCUGGGGCAGAAGAGCUCUUUGCUCGCAAGUUCAAUGCUCUCUUUGCUCAGGGAAACUAUUCAGAGGCAGCAAAAAUAGCUGCAAAUGCACCAAAGGGUAUUUUGCGCACUCCAGACACUAUUCGUCGUUUUCAGAGUGUAACUGCUCAGCCAGGACAGACAUCCCCUUUGCUUCAGUACUUUGGAAUACUGCUUGAUCAAGGACAGCUGAACAAAUUUGAGUCUUUGGAGUUAUGUAGGCCAGUGUUACAGCAGGGGCGUAAGCAGUUGCUUGAGAAGUGGCUAAAAGAAGAUAAGCUGGAGUGCUCUGAGGAGCUUGGUGAUAUUGUGAAGUCUGUGGAUCCCACACUGGCAUUGAGUGUCUACCUGAGGGCAAAUGUCCCCAACAAAGUGAUCCAGUGUUUUGCGGAAACCGGUCAGUUUCAGAAGAUUGUGCUGUAUGCAAAGAAAGUUGGUUACUCUCCUGAUUGGAUAUUUCUACUGAGGAAUGUAAUGAGGGUUGGCCCUGAUCAAGGACUUCAAUUUGCUCAGAUGUUGGUUCAGGAUGAAGAACCUCUUGCAGAUAUCACCCAGAUUGUUGAUGUGUUCAUGGAAUACAACCUGAUCCAACAGUGCACUUCCUUUUUGCUGGAUGCCCUCAAGAAUAACCGUCCAUCAGAAGGACCAUUGCAGACUCGCCUCCUGGAAAUGAAUCUUAUGCAUGCACCUCAAGUUGCAGAUGCUAUUCUUGGGAACCAGAUGUUCACUCACUAUGAUCGUGCACACAUUGCUCAGCUCUGUGAAAAAGCUGGACUACUACAAAGAGCCCUAGAACAUUAUACAGAUCUGUAUGAUAUUAAGCGUGCUGUGGUGCACACUCAUCUGCUAAAUCCUGAGUGGCUUGUCAAUUACUUCGGCUCCCUGUCUGUUGAAGAUUCUGUUGAAUGUCUACGUGCCAUGCUGUCUGCUAAUAUCCGUCAGAAUCUGCAGAUUUGUGUGCAAGUAGCUUCCAAAUACCAUGAACAACUUGGUACACAGCAGCUGAUUGAACUGUUUGAAUCUUUCAAGAGUUUUGAAGGCCUAUUCUAUUUUUUGGGCUCCAUUGUAAAUUUCAGUCAAGAUCCAGAAGUCCAUUUCAAGUACAUUCAGGCUGCUUGUAAAACUGGACAGAUCAAAGAGGUGGAACGAAUUUGUCGGGAGAGCAAUUGCUAUGAUCCAGAACGUGUGAAGAACUUCCUUAAGGAAGCCAAACUGACUGACCAGCUGCCUCUGAUUAUCGUUUGUGAUCGUUUCGACUUCGUGCAUGAUCUGGUGUUGUACCUGUACCGCAACAACCUUCAGAAGUAUAUUGAGAUAUACGUUCAGAAGGUAAACCCAAGUCGUCUGCCAGUUGUGGUUGGAGGGCUUCUGGAUGUAGAUUGUUCAGAAGAUGUCAUUAAGAACUUAAUUCUUGUUGUACGUGGACAAUUCUCUACUGAUGAGCUGGUUGCUGAAGUAGAAAAAAGGAACAGACUGAAGUUGCUGCUGCCCUGGCUGGAAUCGCGCAUUCAUGAAGGCUGUGAGGAACCUGCUACCCACAAUGCACUUGCUAAAAUUUACAUUGACAGCAACAAUAACCCUGAGCGCUUCCUCCGGGAGAACCCAUAUUAUGAUAGCCGUGUGGUUGGUAAAUACUGUGAGAAGAGAGACCCCCACUUGGCUUGUGUGGCCUAUGAGCGUGGCCAGUGUGACAUGGAGCUCAUCAAUGUGUGUAAUGAAAACUCUCUGUUCAAGAGCCUAUCCCGUUACUUAGUCCGUCGGAAAGAUCCUGAGCUCUGGGCAAGUGUCUUGCAAGAGACUAAUCCUUAUAGGAGACCUCUUAUUGACCAGGUUGUACAAACAGCUCUGUCAGAAACUCAAGACCCUGAGGAGGUUUCUGUUACUGUAAAGGCUUUCAUGACUGCUGACCUUCCAAAUGAACUAAUUGAAUUGCUGGAAAAAAUUGUUUUGGACAAUUCUGUCUUCAGUGAGCACAGAAAUCUGCAGAACUUGCUGAUUCUCACUGCUAUCAAAGCUGACCGUACCCGUGUGAUGGAGUACAUUAAUCGUCUGGACAACUAUGAUGCACCUGACAUUGCCAAUAUAGCCAUUAGCAAUGAACUCUUUGAAGAAGCAUUUGCUAUCUUUAGAAAAUUUGAUGUGAAUACAUCUGCAGUGCAGGUGCUGAUUGAACACAUUGGAAAUCUGGACCGUGCCUAUGAAUUUGCUGAAAGGUGCAAUGAGCCAGCAGUAUGGAGCCAACUUGCUAAAGCCCAGCUUCAAAAAGAGAUGGUUAAAGAGGCCAUUGACUCCUAUAUCAAGGCAGAUGACCCAUCAUCCUACAUGGAGGUUGUAGAAGCAGCCAACAAAAGUGGUAACUGGGAGGACCUUGUAAAGUACUUGCAAAUGGCUCGGAAGAAGGCCCGUGAGUCUUAUGUGGAGACUGAACUUAUUUUUGCACUGGCAAAAACCAACCGUUUAGCAGAACUGGAGGAGUUUAUAAAUGGUCCCAACAAUGCUCACAUUCAGCAAGUGGGUGAUCGCUGCUAUGACGACCAUAUGUACGAAGCUGCUAAGCUGUUGUACAAUAAUGUGUCCAACUUUGGCCGCUUGGCAUCAACCCUGGUUCAUCUAGGGGAAUAUCAGGCUGCAGUGGAUGGUGCCCGCAAAGCAAACAGCACUCGUACUUGGAAGGAGGUAUGUUUUGCCUGUGUUGAGGGAAAGGAGUUCCGUCUGGCUCAGAUGUGUGGUCUCCAUAUUGUUGUACAUGCUGAUGAACUGGAGGAACUUAUUAACUAUUACCAGGACCGUGGUUACUUUGAGGAACUGAUCACCAUGUUAGAGGCAGCACUUGGUCUGGAACGUGCUCAUAUGGGCAUGUUUACUGAACUGGCUAUCCUAUACUCCAAAUACAAGCCUCAGAAGAUGAGGGAGCACCUGGAGCUCUUCUGGUCCAGAGUCAACAUUCCCAAGGUACUGAGAGCUGCUGAGCAGGCUCACUUGUGGGCAGAGCUAGUCUUCCUGUAUGAUAAGUAUGAAGAAUAUGACAAUGCUAUCAUUACUAUGAUGAACCAUCCAACUGAUGCAUGGAAGGAGGGACAGUUCAAGGACAUAAUUACCAAGGUGGCCAAUGUAGAGCUCUAUUACAAAGCAACACAGUUCUACUUGGAGUUUAAGCCUUUAUUACUGAAUGACCUACUGAUGGUGCUAUCCCCUCGUCUGGACCACACACGUGCUGUGAACUACUUUACUAAGGUGAAACAGCUAAAUUUGGUUAAACCUUACCUGCGCUCUGUACAAAGUAACAACAACAAGUCUGUGAAUGAAUCAUUGAAUAAUCUCUUCAUCCAAGAGGAAGACUACCAGGCUCUUCGCACAUCCAUAGAUGCAUAUGACAACUUUGAUAACAUCUCCCUGGCUCAACGGCUUGAGAAGCAUGAGCUAAUUGAGUUCCGACGAAUUGGUGCGUAUCUGUUCAAGGGCAACAACCGUUGGAAGCAGAGUGUGGAGCUAUGCAAGAAAGACAGGCUGUAUAAAGAUGCUAUGCAAUAUGCGUCGGAGUCCAAGGAUACUGAGCUAGCAGAAGAACUGCUUCAGUGGUUCCUUGAGGAUGGGAAGAAUGAGUGCUUUGCUUCUUGUCUAUUUACUUGCUAUGACUUGUUGAGGCCAGAUGUUGUGCUUGAGCUGUCUUGGAGGCACAACAUCAUGGAUUUCUCCAUGCCUUACUUCAUCCAGGUGAUGAGGGAGUAUCUUACAAAGGUUGAUGAAAUAAAGAAAAAGGUGGAUAAGUUGGACAUCUCUGAAUCGCUGAGGAAAGAGGAGGAACAGGCUACUGAGACAACCCCCAUUGUUUAUGGUCAGUCACAGCUAAUGUUGACAGCAGGACCCAGUGUGAGUGUCCCUCCACAGGCUGCCUAUGGCUACAGUUAUGGUGCCCAACCAUAUGCUCAGCCUGGCACAUAUGGGUAUAGUAUGUAAGGCAAACAUUUCCAAGUAACUCACCUGCUCAGCAUCUGCCAGUUUCCCUCCAUCUUGCAACAGGGAAGAGAAAGCAAAGCUCUUUAUUGUAUGUCAUGAAGGACUUCAGUCUUUUUUUUCUUUUCUUGUUCUGAAUGUUUGAUCACAGCUGUCUAACUCAUUCCUCACAUUCCAUGUUAAUUAGAUUGUGAUUUUUAUUUGAAGGGGAAUGGUUGUUGCAUUUAAAGUGCUCAGUGUGAGCUCAUGUCCUGCAAUACAGUCUAUUGUAAAGAUUUGCACUCUAGUGAGACAUUAAUGUAGUAUCUCCCAACUGAGCAGCUUGUGGCUGUAUUUAAAAAAAAAAGCAGUAAAUCCUAUUGUAUUCAUUAUGGUAGAAGUGGAGUACGGGACUUGGCUGCUUAUGUUAUGUUAAGCAACAAAAACACUAAUCACAGUGCACCCAACACCAUUAUCUAAAUGUUGGAAAUUGAGUAAUUCAGUAAAAAUUGAAAAGUUCCUGUCUCAUGAUUAAACUUGGACUCCAAUCUAUGCAGGCUCUUUAAAACCAUGCGGAGGUCUUUAAAGUUUUUACUACAACUGUUCUCCCCCCUUCAUUUAAGGAUGGUCUCCUGUGCUAAUAUACAGUGCUAAUGUGGGACCACUGGUUUUGACAGUCACUGAACCCAGUCUGUUUCCAACCCUGUGCUAAGGUCUUGCAUUUGCUGGAUAUUGUGGUGUGUUAGGUCACUGUCUUUGAGUGUACAGAGAAUUAAACUGUCCUGUCAGUUUUGUGCAAUUUGAAAGCAGAUUGGAAAUAAAAAACAGGAUUAUGAAUCUCAA